CCUCUUCUUUUUUUCUUUUUUUAUAUAUUUAGUAUAUACAUAUUCACUUUGUUGCUGCACCACAAGGGAACUAAAUUUACCUCUGUCGUCGGUUUGUCUUUCUUAAUCUACAGAUUUAGGGUACUGAUCAUUAUCAUCAGUAUCCAUCCAUAUAUAUACAUAUAUAUAGUAUAGAGAGAGUGUCGUUUAAUUUGUUUCUGUUUGUUGGGAAAAAAAAAAGAAGCAAUUAAGGGGCUUAAUUAUUAAUUAACUGAAAGAAUGGAUUGGAAUGGUAAUUAUGUGUGCAGAGUGCCUUUUGUUUCUCGACCUGCAGUUGAUAAUUCCUUGAGCUUUCUCUACAACUACAACUAUGACCAGCACUUUCCACCAGAAAUGAAACAACAGGCGGCAAUUACAGAUCAUGAACAAGCAUUAAUGAUGCAGCCAAAUUUAACUAUGGAGAAGAACAACAACAACAACCACAACAAUAUCAGCAUGAUGAAUAAUUACAAUACGGGGCUCGAUAUCAACGAUCCGAAGAAGAAACGACUAAGCAACGAGCAAUUGGAGUUAUUGGAAAAUAGUUUCCAAGAGGAUAUUAAGCUUGAGCCUGAGAAGAAGAUGAAGCUGUCUAAGGAACUCGGGCUUCAGCCCCGACAGAUUGCCGUCUGGUUCCAGAACCGUAGGGCCCGUUGGAAGGCUAAGCAGCUUGAGCGCUUGUACGACGCGCUUCAGCAAGAGUACGAUGCUGUUUCCAGAGAUAAGCAGAAGCUCCAACAAGAGGUUAUGGCAUUGAGGGCAAUAUUGAAGGAGAAUCAAGUGGGGAAAAAUAAGGAGGUAUCGAUAGAGAUUUCGGGGGAAGAAACAGUGGAGAGCACGUCGUUAAUUCCGAUAAUCAAUAAUAGUAAUGAACUUCAUGAUCAAAUUGCAGAAUGCAGCUACCCGUUGAAGGUUGAUGACUACUACAAUAACAAUAAUACAACAGUGAUUAUGCCGCCGCCUCCCUACUGGCCAGCUUCUUCUCCUAAUUAAUUUCAAUUAAUAGUUAAUUAAAAUAGCUAGCUAUAUAUGCUUAAUUAUUUGUUCUUGUCAUUGUUGUUAUAUUUUGAAACUUAAGAUGAUGUGCUAAAUGCUAAUUAAUUAAUUAAUCCUAGUGUUUUUAGGUCAACCUAGAAGUAAUUAGGAGAUAGGGAGGUUUAGCCCAGUACUUACUAGCUGAAAUUAAUUAAUUAGUGUUUCUCUGCUUAGUGUACUAAUUAAGUAGGGGUUGAGCUCAUUGAUGAAGGUAGAUUUAAUGUUUAGACUUUUUAGUCACGUGAUCUUGACGUUGCAUUGUAAUAAGACAUACUCUUAAUUAAUUAGUGUAUGUUUAUCGUUCGUUCUU